AUGUUUUCGAGAAGGAAAAAAGAACCAAGCCCGCCGCUGCCCAAGCUGCUGGAAAUUUACAAUGAGAUCGCCAAUACAUCGCUUACAAAUCUAAGUUUAGAGCAAAAUAACCGUUCGAACGAAGCCCUAAAUGGCUGGAAAACGCUUCAUCAAGCGGCAGCCCAGAAGGUGCAAGCCCUUGAGAAGGGUAUCGCAGGAGUAGAGCUCACCGAUGAGGAGUCCUAUAUUUUGGACGAAAUCCACAUUUUGCAGGCACAGGCGGACGACCACAUGGAUAGAUUGGAGAACAAACUGAACCCUCCCCUUGUCAUGCAGGCGUCUAAAGUCUAUUCCAACCCUCAGCAUUCCUCCAGCUCUGCUGGUCUGAAAGUGUCUCCCCCUGGCUCCAGAUCGAACUCUGUGCGAGCGAACGUUCCCACCUUGAGAUCCGCUAAUCCAGUAACGAUGAAAUCCAAAAGACCACUCAACAAGCCAUUGAUCAAAUCACUCCGCCCCAACCAGAACAUCGCUAACAAUAACUCUAGCGGAAGUCUGGGUAACUCCAUCUCGUCACAAGCCACAGCCAAGCAAGCUGCAAACCUGAUAUGGGCGCCAUCCAAAAGUCUAUCUACCAGCAAGUCGUACUCGUCGAACUCGCAGGACGACUUAUUUCAAGAUUUCGACGGAGUCAUUGAUGAUGAGGAAUAUCAUCAUAAGGAAACGCUCAGACAGUUACAACAAAACGCCUUGGCAUCGAAAGCCGCAAGAAGUAGAAACGACGAAGACUUAAUCGACCUCAGUGAAAACCUGUCACAUCUUGAUGUCCGUCACAAACCAACGCCUCAGCCAAAACAACAAGUACAAAAGAACCACGCUAAGUCAUCGGCAGAGAGAGCCAGGGCGGCAUUGAAGAUUUCCUCGCAAGUCAAACUUCCUCAAAAGGUGGCCCCUAGUGCUGUUAGACAACCUACUCGCCACGCAUCGCCGGCAAGAAACGCCAGAUCCCCACCUCGAUCGACAAAUGCGCAACUCACAAAACCUCAGACCCGAAGAGCUAAUCUUUCCCCUGCUCCCGCUAAACCUGUUUCAAGACCCCAAUCUGGCUCCAGGAGAGCCUCACCAGCCGCUAAAGGAUCAGCAGCAAGUGCUCCCAAGGUGCUUGCUGACAAUUCUACGAAAGAUACAGAAACAUUGGACAGUGACAAUUCGAUCGAAGACGAUGAAGAUAAACUAAUAGCGUCGAUGAGAGGCGUGGAUCCCAUUGCUGCUAGGCAGAUUCUCAACGAGAUAGUGGUUCAUGGAGAUGAAGUUCACUGGGACGAUAUCGCGGGACUUGACGCUGCCAAGAAUUCUCUCAAGGAGACAGUGGUUUACCCAUUUUUGAGGCCAGACCUUUUCAGUGGUUUGAGAGAGCCUGCCCGCGGAAUGUUGUUGUUUGGUCCACCAGGCACAGGAAAAACUAUGCUCGCCCGUGCAGUGGCUACUGAGUCAAAAUCAACGUUUUUCUCGAUAUCUGCGUCUUCGCUGACAUCGAAGUAUCUUGGUGAGUCCGAAAAGCUGGUCAGAGCUUUGUUCCAACUGGCCAAGAGACUUGCUCCUUCAAUUAUCUUCGUGGAUGAGAUAGAUUCCUUACUGGGAAGCAGAAAUAAUGAAGGCGAAAAUGAGUCUUCGAGGAGGAUCAAAAACGAGUUCUUGGUUCAGUGGUCUGAUCUGACCAAGGCCGCAGCUGGAAGAGACCAGGGAGAGGAUUUACAGAGAGUUUUGGUGCUAGCGGCCACAAACUUACCAUGGGCAAUAGAUGAAGCUGCAAGAAGAAGAUUUGUGAGACGACAAUAUAUCCCACUUCCAGAAUACGAUACCCGGAAAGCCCAAAUAAAGAGGCUUCUUUCGCAUCAGAACCAUACAUUAACGGAAAAGAAUUUAGAAGAAUUAAUUCAGUUAACGGAUUCCUUUUCAGGGUCCGAUAUCACAGCUUUGGCAAAGGACGCGGCUAUGGGGCCAUUAAGAGAGCUAGGAGAUAAGUUGCUCUUAACAUCAAAAAAUGAGAUCAGGCCUGUCUGUCUUCAAGAUUUCAUCAACUCCCUGAAUUACAUAAGACCUAGUGUCUCAAGAGAAGGUCUCAGAAAGUUUGAAGAAUGGGCCAAGCUGUACGGAUCCUCGGGUGUCUAA